AUGUCCAAAAUAGAAAAACCAAAGGUUCAGUACCAGAAUUUGGACAAGUCCCGUCUUCUGGAGCAGCUGGAUGAAGAUAUACAGGAGCUCAACCAGCUGAAGCAGAAGAUAAAGCAGUUGGAAGAGAAAAAAGAAGACAAGGAACAGCAACUACAAGAGUUGGAAAAGGCAGCGACUCAAGUGCCUAGUGUGCUUCUAAACUCAACCUACAGGGAAUAUCGUCAAUAUGACCUCGCAUAUGAUCGUGUGAAGCAGUUUUACAAAGAGCAACACGAGUUUCAAACGGUAGCGUACAACAUACAGGCUCGAAUAAACUUCAAGACCAAGAUCCGAGACAGGAUGACUAUAUGGGACGCCUUGCUGAAACUCAACAACCUCUUGGACGAGAGCGAUCCUGACACCGAACUUUCACAGAUAGAGCAUGCGCUACAGACAGCAGAGGCGAUUAGAAAAGACAAUAAACCGCGAUGGUUUCAGCUCGUCGGCCUUAUUCAUGACCUUGGCAAACUGCUCUAUUUCUACGACUCGAAGGGCCAGUGGGACGUCGUCGGCGAUACGUUCCCUGUUGGAUGUCGCUUUUCAACCAAAAUAAUACACUACGAAUUUUUUAAAGCCAAUCCAGACUACAACAAUCCGCUCUACAACACAAAAUACGGUAUUUAUUCUCCUCAUUGUGGUCUUGAGAAUGUCAUGCUGAGUUGGGGACACGAUGAGUAUAUGUAUCACCUGGCGAAGGAGCAAAGUCAUCUGCCUCCACAAGCGCUUGCGAUGAUCAGAUAUCACUCCUUCUAUCCAUGGCACCAGGAAGGUGCCUACAAAUAUUUAAUGAACGAGCGUGACGAAGAGAUGCUCAGGGCUGUCAAGGAAUUCAACCCUUACGACCUUUACUCAAAGACGGACAAGAAGUGCGACAUCGACGAGGUCAAAGACUACUAUCUCGAGCUGAUUGAUGAGUUUUUCCCGAAAAAAGUUAUUGAUUUCUAG